AACCGAGAAGGACUGGAUCGUUGUCCGGUUGAGAAUCCAAGAUGGCGGCCAAGAAGUCAUUGUUUGGAAUCUUAUAACAAUCGCUUCUAAAACCAUCCCUGAGAUCAAUGGCUGAAGCAAGCGAAGACGAGGUGGAAAGCGUAGAUAGUCAGCUAAUCGCUGAGAGUAUUAAAGUUAUCGCUGAAUCGAUCGGAGUGAGGAAUUUGAACCAUGAAGCUAUUGGGACUUUGAUGGAAGAAGGGACGUACAGACUAAAACAACUCACUCAGGAAUCGUCAAAGUUCAUGCAGAAAUCCAAAAGGAAAAAGUUAAUGACUAAAGAUAUCGAUAACGCCUUGAGACUCCAGAAUGUCGAGCCUCUGUAUGGGUUCGUUGCACAGGAUUUCAUACCCUUCAGAUUUGCUAGCGGAGGUGGUAGAGAAGUAUUUUUCUAUGAUGAUCCAGAGAUAGACCUGAAUGACGUCAUUAACACUCAGUUGCCACGGAUACCAGUAGACGUAUCUCUGAAAGCUCAUUGGCUGAGCAUCGAAGGUCUUCAACCUGCUAUCCCUGAAAAUCCUCCCCCUGCUUUAGCAGACCAACUGAAAAGAGAAGAGCAGAAACCUGUAUUUACCACAAAGGCUGCCCCUGAUAAAACCAAACCUGGGCAGAAAAGACCCAAGGCAGAGGUGGACUCAAAGUCAAACAAGAAACCAGCUAUAACAAAACAUACCAUAAGCUCCAUCCCAAGUAACAAGGCUGACAAGACUAAGGGACUUGUCACACAUGAGCUGUCUGUGGAGCAGCAACUUUACUACAAAGAAAUCACUGAGGCCUGUGUUGGCUCAUGCGAGUCUAGGAGAACUGAAGCACUUCAAAGUCUUGCGACUGAUCCAGGACUUUACCAAAUGCUGCCGAGAUUUUGUACUUUUAUAUCUGAAGGGGUCCGUGUGAAUGUGGCUCAGAACAACUUGGUACUUCUGAUCUACCUUAUGAGAAUGGUGAAAGCUCUGCUGGACAACUCUACCCUUUUCCUGGAAAAAUACCUCCAUGAAAUGAUCCCUGCUGUUGUCACAUGUGUGGUUAGCAAGCAGCUUUGUCCCAAGCCAGAGGUUGACAACCACUGGGCUCUCAGAGACUUUGGAGCUCGAUUGGUUGCCCAAAUAUGCAGAUCAUUUAAUUCGACUACCAACAGCGUUCAAACCAGAGUGACAAAAACUUACUGCAAGGCGCUACACCAAGAGAAAGCCCCGCUAGCCACACACUAUGGCGCCAUCACUGGACUCGCUGAGCUCGGACAAGAGGUUAUAAAAGUGCUUGUUCUUCCUCGACUCAAGAUCGAAAGUGCGCUCAUCUCGCGCGCUUUGCAGGGCACGGAUGUCGUAGAGAAAAACGCCGCGGAGAACUUGCAGAAUCUGUUAUUGAAACAUUGCCCCGGUGUAAUCAUUCGCAUCCGACAUGCACCAGAUGCACAAGACAAAUACGAAGCAGAAUACGGCUCCCUUGGCCGACUCUUAUGCACCAAGGUGUUACAACUACGACAAGGCGUCAAUAAACCGAACGUGUUGACCAUCAAGGCAAGUAGUGUCUCAACACCUACCACACCCACUACACCCGGAACACUCAAAGCAACACCCGUACUGAUAGUGACCAAGCCGAUGACACCUACAACAACUCCUACGCGUCCUGUCACCCUGACUGGUUCCACCACGCCCACUGGUAACCGACUCAUCACUCUGUCGGGCGUGACACCUGGAAUACCUACUGGUACUCUGCCUGUUACUCUGUCCGGGACCAUGACACCCGGGACAACUACUAACCGGACAGUCCCCCUGUCGGGAUCCUUGACACCUGGAACACCUACUGGAAGUCGCCCUGUCACUCUUUCGGGUACCGUGACAGCUGGAACAAGUUCUACUAGCCGGUCUGUGACGCUGUCUAGCGUGGGCACGCCAGGUACUCCUUUGCAUUCCCUUGUAAUAACAAGCGUUGGAGGUACGCCCACUAGCGUCCCUGUGACACCUACUGGCGUGACAAAGAGCGGUGUCACGCAAUUCGUCAUGCAUGGCAAUCUGCAGUCGCCAACAAUAAACCAGCCUCAACAGAAGCCACAGUAGUUAGUGAGAGAUGUCCCUAUCGAGUAGAAAUAACAAAAGUGGACGUUCAUCGUGCGUUGAUUCGAUUACGUACGUAACAAUGUCUCGUUUUUGUUUUGAACAUUAAAAUACCCUCAUCAUUUUGACCUUUUAAGGUUUUAAGCGUACGUAAUUUCCCGAUUCUUACUGAAACGCAAACGCAAGAGAACGCAACUGCUUGAUUUUCUUGCGCUUGUGUUUGACCCAUUAUCACUUGUGUUGCGCAUCCCCGUUUGCGCUUACGUCCAAGUGAGAACCAACUUUUACCGACGACGACGGUAUUAAAAAUGUGACCAAGAAAUGCUCUUAUGCUUAGCGCUGAACUAGAUAAUAUUUUAUAGUUCUAAGUGAGGCUAAAUUAUCCAAAGCACAAGCGCCCUUGCCAUCGACGAACACUGUGUAUUCAUGUCAUAGUUUGGAAGAAAGCGCCUAAAAAUGCAUUGUGGCUUUAGCACAACGUUUUGAGAUUCUAAAUUAUGUUUUUUUUUAUAUGCUAAUGGUGUCCGAAUUUCGGCAAAUGUGAUCCGAUCUGUUUACCAACAUUUUUAAAAGUCAUUAUCUGAUUUUCAAGAAAAAAGAAACGAUCCACAUGUUAUUUGAGUGAGUUAGAGUGUGUUGCUAAGGAUCCUACUAAGGAUGUGAGACCUAUACUUACACAGAGGGGCACAAUGUUUCUGUGCGCUGCCUUGUCUUUACAGGAUCUAUGAGCAAACAAAUUGAACCAGUCAAAUAUAUAGAUAUAGGCUAUCAAUAUAUCAUUUGUGCCAACUUUAUUAUCAAUGUAUUUGUUUAUUUUAUUUAGAGACAGGUAAAACUUUAUGUAUUUGAGAAAAUGCUCACAGAUUCAAUUUUCACGAUCAUCGAUACUUCCUUUCGUUGACUUUUAAGCCUUCAAUGAAGAAGAACUAGACUUAUCGAAAACAAUCAAUUGGACGACUUUACAAUACUUUAGUCUUGCAAUUAUAUCAUCCGCUUAUAGAAAA